CAUGUAUACAGCGUACCGCGUACCGCGCCGGUACAUGAUUUUUUCGUUGAAUCUUGAGAUUGAAAUUGUUCAGUUGAAACAGCAGGAAUGGAUUCUGAUCUGGCAGCAGCUUUGGGAGCAGACCUCUCUGCGCCUCUCCCCUCAUCCAGGGCAGAAGAUUAUCAGAACGAUUAUGUCAUUGAAGCGCAAUGGGCAGAGAAGUGCGGCAAACAAUCAGAGACAUACUUCAAGCUACUCACGGCCAUCGACCCGAAACAGCUGCGCCUGACGAGACGAGAUGAUGACAUCUAUGAGGACUUUCUCCAGGGUUUCUCUGAUAUGCAGAUUGAUGUUGUUCGAGUUAAUGACCUCCACUCGCCUGAAGCCAAGGCUAUGUGGAGAGCGUUCUGCAUGAAGUACGAAGGACAAAUCGAAGACUUCAACUUCGGCACUCUGCUAAGACUGGAUGUGGCCGGUGAAUACAGUCAAGAGAACACAAUCCUGGUUCCGCGCGUUCAGUUUUACGCCAUCGAGAUAGCACGAAAUCGCCGCGGUCUCAACAACUGCCACUAUGAAGCCGCGCAGAAGGCCAAGAAGGACUCGUCUUGACGCGUUAGGAGGAGUCGUUAGUCACUCUCGUCAUCCGCGGCCCAUCUUGCCAUACCUGAGUUUCCACGCACCCCGGGCCAAGCCACCUCAAUUGGCUGGCUCGUAGAAUGGUCGCGGUAAAGCUGCAUUACCCAGCAUUCCAGUCAUCCUGUUGCUGAUGUUGCUGAGUCACGGUGUCCGAGAAGUCCACUGCAGUCCACCGUACUUUGACAAGGUGUCUGGCUCGCUUGCCGGUCCUUCCCUGCUUUCUGGAUGAAUCCAUUGCGGAUAUCUCCCCUCUCGUGCUUCUAAUGCUGAGAUAAGGCUGCGAUUGGACUCAUCCAACGGCUGGCCCACUCCGCGUCUUCAACAUAGGUUUAUUUUUACUUCAGUUUAAUCUCACAGGUUUUCCGGUGUGUUUAUGGAACUAGAGGCACUUUAUCUGUAUGAGGUGAGCUGCUAGCUAUGCAGCCAUGGCUGAUGAUGGCAUAACCUUUGA